GUAAAGCUAUAAAAAUAGAGAGGGCGGACCAGGCAGCUCUAGCAUAGCGUCUCUCCUAAGCAGUAGCACUGACUGCAAGGCGUAACCAUGGGUAGCUUGAAAGAUUUGUGCGACUUGGUGUCCGGGUUGAGCUUCUUGGAGACGGACGGGUUGAGCUCCUUCCAGCAGCCGCCCCCCACGGACCGCAGGGCGGUGAAGCCCCCGGCCGGAUUCCGCCGUCACUCCACGGGCCCGGUGCUGCCGAGGGGGCCGUGCUGGGCCGAGCCGAGCGCCGGAGGGGAAGGGGGUCCCCGCCACCGCCGUCACUUACUGCCCCCGGGCCUGAGCCGCUGCCUGAGCCACGGCGACUCUCUGGAGGAGGAGGAGGCCGCUGAGGCCCAGAGGGGUCUGCCCGGGGCUGGGCUCGGGGCCGGGCCGGAGGGGGGCCUACAGCAGCCGAGCCCCCGCUACAAGACCGAGCUGUGCCGGCCUUUCCAGGAGAGCGGCCUGUGCCGGUACGGGGAGAAAUGUCAGUUCGCCCACGGCCUCGGGGAGCUGCGGAUCCUGAGCCGCCAUCCCAAAUACAAGACCGAGCUGUGCCGGACCUUCCACUCGAGCGGCUUCUGUCCGUACGGUUCCCGCUGUCACUUCAUCCAUCACCCGGCCGAGGAGAGGCCUAGCCGGCCCCGCCUCAAACAGAGCACCAGCUUCUCCGGCUUCUCCUCGGCCUCGGCCUGCCCCGGCCCUGAGCUACCCGACUGGGACUCUCUGAGGGCGGCUGUGAGCCAGGAGUUUGCCCGGGUCAUGGGCCUCAGUAGCAGCUGCUGCUGCUGCCGCCGCCGGGGAGGAGCAGGCUGCUGCCCCAAGGCCUGGGCCUCCCCCCAACACCGCCCGGAG